UUUAAUUUUUAAGAUUUACAUUUCAAGGAAGUACGGAAGUCCAUGGCGUAAUCACUCUAUUCGAAAAGAUCGAAGUUGUUCCAAAAACCACCACAUUGUUAAUUUCGCCGGUGGCCGGAAACAAUGGCGUCUCCGGCGAUCCAGAGAUCACCCCACCACCCACCCUCUACACCCCAGUCCGCCUCACCUCUUCAACGCCUCUCAACUUUCAGAUCCGCCACCACUACUAACCCCACCCCCACUCCCCAUACCCCACUCACUCCAUCCCCAUCCCCACUCGACUCCUUCACAUCCGAUCCAAUUUUCUCCUCAUUCCUCUCCUCCGACUUCGAUUCCACUACCUUCUCCUCCGCCGCACUUUCCUCCGGCUCCGCUGCUUCACGCAUUGAGAAGCUUCAAGAAGGUCUUAAUCUCCUCAACAAUCAACUCCGUCACGAAGUACUCACGCGCCACCACGAUCUCCUCAACCAGCUCACUUCAUUGCGUGCCGCUGAAUCCGCUCUCUCCUCCCUCCGCUCCUCCGUCUCCUCCCUUCAAUCCUCCCUCCGCCGCGUCCGUUCCGAACUCUCCGAUCCUCAUCAAUUAAUUUCCAAACAUACCCUUCAGCUUAACAACCUGCAUUCUACAACCGAGCUUCUUCAGUCUACGAUUCGAACCCUGAGAUUAUCUAAAAAACUCCGGGAUCUCAUGGACCCGACCCAUGACCCGGAAAAAUUGGAUCUUUCUAAAGCUGCACAGCUGCAUUUUGAGAUAUUAUCACUUUAUAAUGAGUAUCAUUUAUCUGGGAUUGAUGUGGUUGAUUUGGAAUUGAAAUGGGUUGUUGAAAUUGGGCUGAAAUUACGGGCCGAAGGGAUGAAGGUUUUGGAGAAUGGGCUUGAGGGUUUGAAUCAAGCUGAAGUUGGAGCUGGGCUUCAGGUGUUUUAUAAUAUGGGGGAGUUGAGGGGGACAGUGGAUGGGUUAGUGAGUAAGUAUAAGGCAAUGGGAGUGAAGAGUAUAACAACAGCUUUGGAUAUGAAAGCUGUUUCUGUUGGUGGUGGAUUUGGUGGGCCAGGAGGUGUGCAGAGAAGUGGAACACCUCAGUUUGGAGGAAGCGCAAAGGCGAAGGAUGCAUUGUGGCAACGGAUGAAUGGUUGUAUGGACCAGUUACAUUCUGUUGUGGUUGCUGUUUGGCAUUUGCAGAGGGUUUUGUCCAAGAAAAGAGACCCCUUUACGCAUGUCUUGCUGCUCGAUGAAGUCAUGCAGGAAGGUGAUCCUAUAUUGACGGAUCGUGUUUGGGAGGCACUGGUUAAAUCCUUUGCUAACCAAAUGAAGUCUACUUUCACUGCAUCAAGCUUUGUUAAGGAGAUAUUCACUGUUGGGUAUCCAAAACUCUUCUCUAUGUUAGAAAACCUCCUUGAAAGAAUUUCACGUGAUACAGAUGUCAAAGGAGUUCCACCAGCUCUCAGUUCAGAAGCAAAGGACCAAAUGUUAUCUUCUGUUGAAAUAUUCCAGACUGCUUUCCUAACCCUCUGUCUGAGUCGUCUUUCGGAUCUUGUUAAUUCUGUAUUUCCAGUGUCCAGUCGUGGAAGUAUUCCCUCAAAAGAACAUAUCUCAAGGAUUAUAUCACGAAUUCAAGAAGAAAUAGAAGCUGUCCAGAUGGAUGCUCGGUUAACCCUUCUUGUCUUGCGUGAGAUCAACAAAGUUCUGCUUCUACUUUCAGAAAGAACAGAAUACCAGAUAUCUACUGGGCCUGAGGCACGGCAAAUAACAGGUGCUGCAACUCCAGCACAGCUGAAGAACUUUGCAUUGUACCAGCAUCUACAAGAAAUUCAUACCCGCAUAUCAUCCAUGGUGGCAGGACUACCAACUAUUGCAACCGAUAUUCUGUCUCCUGCACUGGGAUCUAUCUAUGGGGUUGCAGGUGAUUCAGUGACAUCACUAUUCCAAGCAAUGCUUGAUCGACUGGAGUCGUGCAUCUUGCAAAUUCACGGUCAAAAUUUUGGUAGUCUCGGCAUGGAUGCUGCUAUGGACAAUAAUGCAUCACCUUACAUGGAAGAGCUGCAGCAGAGUAUUCUCCAUUUUCGUAGCGAAUUCCUGUCCAGGCUGUUACCUUCUUCGUCAAGUAGCAUUACUACAGGUUCAGAAACUAUUUGUACUAGACUUGUGAGGAGCAUGGCGUCCAGAGUUCUGAUAUUUUUCAUCAGGCACGCUUCACUUGUUAGACCUCUCUCAGAAUCAGGCAAGUUGAGAUUGGCGAGGGACAUGGCUGAACUUGAAUUAGCAGUUGGCCAAAACUUGUUUCCAGUAGAACAACUCGGUGCCCCAUAUCGAGCACUUAGAGCAUUUCGGCCUGUUAUAUUCCUGGAAACAUCUCAACUUGCAUCAUCCCCACUUCGUCAAGAUCUACCGCCAAGUGUCAUACUGCACCAUCUUUACUCACGCGGGCCUGAAGAACUACAAUCACCAUUGCAAAGAAAUAGACUUACUCCGACGCAGUAUUCACUCUGGAUGGAUUCACAAGGGGAGGACCAAAUCUGGAAAGGUAUUAAAGCUACUCUGGACGACUAUGCUGCUAAGGUACGGUCAAGAGGGGACAAGGAAUUUAGUCCUGUCUAUCCUUUGAUGCUAGAAAUCGGCUCUUCUUUAUCUGGGAAUCGUUAGAGGAGCUUUGAGAGAAUGCAAAGCUCAAAUCAUCUUCUCUUGGUAUAUGCCCUUCCCCAUAUUUUUGUUUCAAUAAUAUUGUCACAGAUGAACACAUAGCAGACCGUUAUCUAUGUUUCGUUUAGUGUCUUACUUUCUUUAUAUAUUUUACCUCAAUUGAUUGUCAUUUUUUCUCACAGUUGUAGUGUUACACUGAUAGUGCACAGAUUCAAAGAAAUGGAUUAUAGUAGUCAGUGCUUCAUUUUCAA